AUGACCAUCUCCUCCGUGGCCAUCAUCGGAGCAGGCCCUGCUGGCCUCGUGGCGCUUGACGCCCUCAUAAGAGAAGAAAAGUUCUCCAACAUCCGCCUUUUCGAACGCAAACAAGAGGCUGGCGGCUCGUGGGUCUACGACCAGGGACCCCCUGAACGCCUUCGUGACUUGCACCAGUUGAGCCAGCGCCAGGCCGACAAGAUCGACCCCAUUCCAGCUCAGCUUCCUAGCUAUGCGCCCAAAACCGACACCCAGCGGUUCAUGGACUCAGCAGUGUAUUCGUACCUCGAGUCCAACGUGGACGCUGCCACCAUGCAAUUCAGCGAAGAGGUGUUCCCAGACACCGUGAGUGCCAACUCGGUGGAGAAGUACGGCCCCAACACUCCGUUUCGCCACAACACUGUGGUCAAAAACUGGAUCCAGGACUUGUACAAGCGCAAGGGGUACCACGACCACCUCGAGUUCAACACCCUGGUGGAGUUGGCGUCCAAGAACGCGUCUACAGGCAAAUGGGACCUUGUUUUGAGACGGUUCGGCAAGAAAAAGGACUACUUGUGGAAAGAGAGCUUUGACGCCUUGUUGGUUGCAAACGGCAAGUUCAACGUGCCAUUUAUCCCCAGCAUCCCAGGAUUGCAGGAGUACGCCGACCAGCACUUCGACUCGGUGGUCCACACCAAGUCGUACCGUUCCAGGGAGUAUUUCCGGGACAAACGGGUAGUCGUGGUGGGAGCCUUCAUCUCCGCCAUCGACACCCUCCACGACAUCAUUCCCGUGGCCACACUUCCCGUGAUUUCGUCCAAGAAGAAGGACACCAAGUUGACGCCUCUCUACGGCUCAGCUCCCUUCAAACACCCCCACAUCGACAACAGGGGCCAGAUUACACGCGUGGACGCUGCCACGAAGACGGUGUACUUCGACGACGGAACCCAUAUCGAUGGCGUGGACCACAUCAUCUUUGGCACUGGCUUCAGCUUGAGCUUUCCGUUCUUGCCUGGCUUGGACUUGUCCAACAGUAGAACCCACGGUUUCUACCAGUUGGUGUCGAAUAUCGACGAUCCCACGCUUGCAAUCGUGGGAUGUGUCACUGGAGGGUUCACGUUCCGUUCGUUUGAGUGGCAGGCAGUGCUAGCAGCUCGGAUUUUCGCUGGCAGGGCCAAACUUCCCUCCAAGGAGAAACAACGCGAAUGGGAAAGAGAACGGGUGGCUCGCAAGGGCGACAAUCACCAGUUCCUUUUCAUCGAGCCUGAGUUCGAGGAGUAUUUCGAGGGCGUUCGUGAGGUGGCCACCAACGACGGCCCUGGGCGCAAGCUCCCCAAGUUUGAGCCACAUCUUGUGGAGAUCUUCACUCGUGGGUGGGAGAGAAAGAUGAGAAGAUUUAUCCAGAACAGUUACACAGGCGGAAACACCAAAUUGUGA